AUGGAUCCAGUGGUUUUGGAUGAAGAGGAGGUAUGUGUUGUGUGUAUUGUUGACAGCUUGUGAAAAGUUGCUGUUUCACAGCAGAAAUGGUUAUUCAUGAGUUGUGAAGGCGCCUAAAACAUUUCCAGAUUUUGGUGGUACAGAAAACAUUGAUUAAAAGUCCUUCUCUCUUUUUUGAAGGUUGAUGAUGUCAACAUUCAGACCCAAGAAUGCUAUCAGUGUGGCAUAGCAGUGCCUUUAAGGACCUUAAGGGAACACCUUAAGAAAUGCAUUUGUAUUGCUGAGCCCGUGGUUGAUGAGCCUGUGGUUGCUGAGUCUGUGGUUGAAGUUGAGGUUUGUGAGUGUUUAGCUUACUAGGAGACAUGAUUUGUUUUCCAGCAGAUCUUGUGAAACAGGCAAGAAAUCAUAACACACACUGUUUCAGUGGGGUGCUUGAGCAAUGUUGGGAUAAGAUGCUAUAUGCUAGGACAUACAUGUAAUAAUAUUAUUAUAUAAUUAUGCCUGGUUGCUUUAGGGGCAUAUGACUGGUUUAAUGAGCAUCUGUUUGAAAAUAUAAUCCUAGUUAUGGUUUCUAUGAUGUAGGGGGAAUAAAUGUAAAGUAGUUUGGUGGAAAAAGUGCUUAGUGUCUGUAACCAAAUGAUGAGGAUUGUAUGUCCUCUUACUCUUUAUGUACUGGUAAUUUCAACUUGCAAAGUAAGAAGGCUUUGUUUACUUCUGCAAAAGGCAAUUGGCAUUCAUCAUGUGAGAGGUUUCCUUGGUGACCCAUUAGCUGUAGACAGUGCAUUAACUGUGUUUGUGCAGUUACCAGGUGGCUGGUUGGUCUUAAUUCAGUUUUAAUUUUGUUUGUUUCAUCUUGUUUCAUAUUUUUACAUUCUACUUUCCACAAAAUUUCCCUUAAAAACAGUCCUUCAAUUUUUUAAUUCAUCAAUUAUUUUGCUAUAGGCCAGUGAUGAUGAUUCAGCUGAUGAACCUCCAAACACUUUAUUUUGUAAAAGGGAGUUCACAUCCAGUGCUCCAAGCACUUCAUCUAGCACAGGUGAUUUUAACAAAUACAGCUGUACCUUUAAUUAUUGUUGCAGUUGUUUGGAGUUAACACACCAAUCUUUGCAUAAAACUGCUAUAGAGUGAUAUCUUAAUUGGAAUGUGAUAUCUAAUAUUUUACAUUGAUUACUAGACUGGAAAGGUUAUUGGCUAACUGUAGCCUUCAGGCAAAAAAAAUAAGUAUCUACCCAUGCUCCUGAGCUGAGAACAGUCAGAGCAAAUGUAAAGAGAGUUGCAUUUUGAGGCCAAUUUGCAAUAUGAUGCUGGAUAGAAACAGCCACAAAUUUAAGAUCUGUUAUGAGAGUACUUUGUAGGUAACUGUUGAUUCUUGAAUUAUAUCCUUUAUACUUACAGGGUCCUCAUCUAGUGCCAGUAAUGAAGGGUCAACCCUAUGCCCAUCCCAAACAACUUCUUCUGAUCUUCACCAGUUAACACAAAUGUUUCCUGCAAAUGACAUCACAUAUCUCAAGCAAGUUCUUGAAGACUGUGGUACAGUUUCUCAUGCUGUUGCUAAAAUUUUGGGAGAUGAGGAAACCCCAUCAUCUGUGCAUGGUAUGGAAAGGAAAAUCUCAGUUCAGUACUUUAGCCAACAUGAUUCAUGUUUGGUCCAGACAUCAGCUAUCUCUAAUUCCACAACAGAUUGUGGAAUCAUAUUUUUUUUUCUUACUGCCACAAAGUACAUAAUGAUUGUUAAGUCCUUUCAACCUUCUUUAGUAUACUUCACCAUUAAUGUCAUUAGUAUUCAUAAGUAACUUGUUCAAAUUUACAAUAGGUGAUGAUGCAAUUGAUGAAAUAGAAGACACACCUCUUGCAGCCAUAGGCAUGAUAACAAAUGAAGAUGAUGCCCUAAGAAAGUUCAUUCAAAGUGCAGUUUCACCUUUUGGAAUAGAGGUUGAUGUGCAGGUGAACCGGGAUCAUAACAUGCUGACACAGAUGAUAAGAAAAUACAAAAACCCAGCAUUUGAUGUAACAAAGCCUCUCAAUGUACAAUUUCAUGGGGCUGGUGAGGAAGGUUUAGAUGCUGGUGGAAUCACAAGGGAGUACUUUUACUUUCUUGUGGAAAGUAUGAAACAAUGUUCACCAGAUGGAAUCACACUCUUGGAAGGUGCUUUGGGUCAUCUUGUACCCAAACAUGAUUAUGAGCUGUUGUCAAGUGGCAUGUUCAUAAUCAUGGGGAAGAUGAUUCUGCAUGCAGUGCUCAACAAUUGUUGUGGAAUAUCAGGCAUUUCUCCUGCCAUUGUGAAAUACAUUGCCACUGGCAAACGGGAUUCAUCUGUUGAAGACAUCGCAUUGGAGGACAUCCCUGAUCCCUGUAUGAGAGAACAACUAAAACAGGUUUGUGGUUAGUUGAUGUUUGCAGUAAAUGGGAUGCACCAAAAACCCCAGGGAAAUUUCCAUGUGACACACAAUUUCCAUUUCCACAAACAUUCCCAAAGGUCGGGCUUACUGUGCGAUUCAAGCUGAUAGGCCUGGAAAAUGAGCAAAUGAGAUGCAAAAUGCCAUUUGGGUAUUUUGGACUACCUUUCCAGAAAAACCAUUUUCUCAAGAAAUUUUCCAUUUGGGAAGACCAAACUAGACUUCCAUUUACAUUCCAGCCCAAAUUUCCAGAUUUUUUGGUAACACUAACAAGUAAACAACCUGUGUGUCAAGUAUUGAUAUUUAUUAACCUAUUUUUGCCAAGAGCUUGCAUGUAUUCUAACAAUGUAAUUCAUUAAUUUUGUUAUUUAACCAGCUUAUUACUUUCAUACAUACAGUGUACAGUGUAGACCAUGCUUGGCAUUUCUCUUUACUCCCCAUUACUGACCAGAAGCAAGCUCAACAAAACUUUAUUAUUUAUAAGAUUUCCUAAUAAAAACCCAUUGUUGCAAGAUAUUCAGUGUCAGCUGAAAUGUUGCUUUAAGUGUCCUCCUUUAAAAUGUGUUUAUUUCUUCUUCAAUCUUUAAAGCUUAUUACAUGUGAUGAAAAGGAUCUAGCCUCUUUCACAAGUCCAGAUACAAGAGAGAGCUUUUCAGAUAUCCUUUAUGCAUCUGGAUUUCCUUAUUUGGAAAUCACUGCUGACAACAGGUCUCUGGCUUAUGAAUGCUUUCUCCAGUACGAGGUCAUCAUGAAGCGCAUUCCAGCUCUGGAAGAUAUAAGGAAAGGAUUGGCCAGUGUGCGAGUGAAGGGAAUUACUUUGUUGGAUCUCUUGCGAACUCACCCUAACCUAACUGGACAUGUGUUCCCUCAGUACAACAACAUAGACCCUAGAAUGUUCCGGCUGGCUAUGGAGUUUGAUGAAACUAAUGUGGAUGAUGAAAAGGAGGCUCGGGUGUUCUUGGAGAAAUACAUAGAUGAUGUGGCUUCAAGAGGUAUGUUAUCUUAUAAUCUGUCCUUAGAUCAUUUUUUAUAUGCCUGUGCCACACAAUGCAUGUCCCUCUGCUACACAAGUAACUAUUUCUUUAAAUAAAUUAUACCAUAUUCCAUAGUCUUUGAACAUUAUUGCAGAUAGCUGCUGCAUUCUUCGUUUAAAUUGAAGCCCUUUGCAGCUUACAAUUAUCUUACUUCAAUAAAAUUAAUGAUAACAUUGAUUCUGGUAAUUGAUACUUUGUCAGCUAGCAGCAAUACCAGUAUUACAAGUAACUUUUUCUUCGACCAAAACUUUGACCUAUCGCAUAUGGGCAUUUUUUUUAUCCUAAGACGAGCUUCACAAAGGUGUGUCAGAAACCUACAGUGGUAGCAACAUGCAAUUACUGAAAACCAUUAAAAUAUAAUAAGAAAUAGUAGAUCUUCCAGUAAUACAAGGCUCAAAGAAUGAGAAUGUUUCUUUAAGAAUUUAUAAUUAAUUUAACAUGUUUUAGAGAGUAGAAUAAGACUGUGUACCCACAGCUCAAUGUAUGACUUGUGUUAUUCUUUGUAUGGUUUUAUUUCCUCAGAAGAAGAUUCAGAACAAGAAACCCUCAAGGACCUGUUACAGUUCUGGACUGGUUAUCCACAGUUGCCUCGUGACACCUUAUGUAAACUGUGGGUGAAGUACUGUCCUCAGCAACCUUCCAAGGUCUUGGCUGAAGCAGACACCUGUACACUCACCUUACGGAUUCCUACCACUCAUCAACAGUAUGAGGAUUUCAAAAGGUUCAUGGACUGUAGUAUUGCUCAUGGAAAGGUUGGCUUUGGAAGAAUGUGA